GGCAAAUUAGGCGAAUAUUUAUGAUGUUAUUAAUUCACACCUGACCGCCCAGCAUAUUUUUAUAAAAUUAUUUACCGAUCGACGAACGUACAAAAGCCAUAAAAAUUAGCAUAAUGUGACAAAACUCGGCUCGCAAACCCAGAAAUUAGGUUAGGUUUUUUUUGGAUUCACCAAAUGAUAAAAAUGGAAAAAUUAUGCGUGCACGGCAAUAUUUUGAGCGAGGAUUUUUUAUUGGACGACGAAAAUUCGCGUGUGUGCAUUAAAUGCACAGCUAAUGAUGUUUUGUGGCCCAAUAUGGAACAAGAUGAGGUAAACAGUAAAACCAAUGGCUAUCGAAGUGAGAUUGACUGUGAUCAGAGGUUGCUCAAUUCAGACGAACAUGGGGACAACUUGGAAGACUCACCAUUAUUAAUAAAUGACUGCUACCCUGGACCAAUUAUGGAAUAUCACUGCCACGACAUCAUUUCCAUUAGAGAUGACAGAAAAGCAUGGAAAAAAAUACUGGCAGCAACAUUUCUAUGCUUUAUAUUCAUGGUGGCCGAAAUCGUCGGCGGGUAUUUGGCGGGAAGUUUGGCCGUCAUGACGGAUGCGGCGCAUUUGUUUUCCGACUUCGUCGGUUUUAACAUUUCGCUGUUGGCGAUCUGGGUCGGAAAAAAACCGGCGACGAAACGAAUGACGUUCGGGUAUCAUCGGGCCGAAGUGCUGGGUGCCUUUCUUAGCGUUUUGAUAGUGUGGAUGUUGGCGUUAUUUUUCUCGUUUUUGGCGAUAAAAAGGCUGAUUUCAAAAGAAUCCGACAUUGAUGCCAAUACAAUGAUUAUCGUUGCUUCUAUAGGACUUCUCAUCAAUUUACUCAUGGCAGGGGUGCUGCACGGGGUGUGCCACACGCACAGCCACGGCCUGGCCGCGCACCCGCACUCGCACGACCGAUCGCGCGAGCAGAACAUCAACGUGCGCGCGGCAACGGCGCACGUUCUGGGCGACACGUUGCAGAGCGUCGGCGUGCUCGUGGCCGCCUUGAUCGUGAAAUUCCGACCGGGAUCGGAGGCGGCCGAUCCCGUGUGCACCUUGAUCUUUUCCGUCGUGGUCAUCCUCACCACCGCUCAAGUGGCCAGAGACAGCGUCCGCUAUUUAUUGGAGGCGAGCCCGGUCGACACCGGCGAGAUGUACGGCAAGUUGAGGGCGAUAAGUGAGGUUAGGCACGCGCACGGCCUGCACGUGUGGUCGCUGGCCCCCGGGAAAGACGCUGUUGCCGUUCAUUUGGCAGUGGAUCCGUUCUGUGAUAAAGAUGUGGUUUUAGAGAAAGCCUCAACAAUUUUGAAAAGCCAAAUCAGCAUUACAAGUUGUACAAUACAAAUUGAAACUUACAAUGCAGAUAUAAUAAAUAGAUGCUCUAAUUGUAGCGCCAUCAAUUUUUGACAUAUCAUUUUUUAUUUAAAUAAAAUUUAUCAAUAAGUCAAGACAAUAUUUAAAUAAUUACAAGGUGCCCAAAUAAUAGAAUUUUAUGCAAUAGACUGACCUUAAAAAAAUUAUUUUAGUUCCUUUUUUAGUUCAAUUAAUAAUAGAUCUCAAUUAAUAAAGUUAUUUCUUAGGUACAUUAAAUCAAUAUAGGGUGUUAUGUAAUUAAUGUAAUUUAUUAAAAUGGAGCAAAUUCUAAAAAUAAUUUAUAAUAACCUUUAUCCUACCAAAAAGUACGCCACUGAUCGAC